AUGGAUAGGAAAAUAGGCAAGAUUUUGAUUGAACCUGGAACAGAAAAUCAACCUAAACAGACACCGACUGAAAGACUUGCAAAACAAGUAAAAAAAUUGUGGGAGGAACGAGACUUUCGUACUUUGACCAUUGAAUCAUUGGAAAAGGGUGAAAGUUCGGAAAAGAAAGAGUCAAAAUCGGAUGAUAAGAAAGCUGCUAAUCUCGCUGUCAUGAAGAAUUCCAUUGGGGCUGCUGUUGCAACAUCCUCAAAUGACAUUGGCAUAGGAAUUGAUGUAUUGAAUUUAAUUUUAUCCGAUACCCGAGCAAACUUCGUGCCGACAAAUCCAUUACCAAUCCCGUCCGGUAUGAUACAAAAUACUUAUCAUGCCUAUUCCCAACCAAGUAAAGCGACACAAAUUCAGAAUGUCAAAUUGAUGUUGGGAAUGAAGCGCAGGCAACUCAAACAUGCAGCUGGAAUUAUAUCAACAGCGGCUGCUAAACUAAACAACAUUGUUGAUAAAGAAAAAACAUUCUGGAAUGAAGCAGUAUCUUUACGUGAACACCAUUGGACUUUAUGUCGUGGCAGUAAAGAAAAAAAUACAGGCCUUCAGAUUUUUGUUAAUUAUGGGUAUCAGAUGGGUAGCUCAUUUGAUAUGUCUAUUUCAGCUGCAUCUCGUCACGCAGAAAAUACUCAAACAGCACAAAUUUUAAGGUCACCAGACGAAAAGCAAAUUGCAAUUUCACUGCCUCAAAAAGCUAAAAGAUCAGUUAAAUUGCGCUUAUAUAAAAGUUUUAGGGCUCCAGGUGGUGACAAACCACACGUACAAGAAAAUUCAUUACUUCAUUUUGAUUUCAUCGAAGGUUCAAACAUUCAUCAACAACUUGUAACUGCACAAAAAGCUGUCUUUGAAGAAGGAUUGUUUGAUCAAUUAGUUAAGGAAGCGCGCGUAAUGACCAAUGUAAUACUUCUUGAGAAUGAAAUUCAUCUUCAAGUUUAUCCUGGUGUAGAUUUGACAAUUCAAUGGGUCAAUAUUGACACAAUACAAGAGGAGGCUCGGUCCACGGAUGAUGAUUGGACAUCUGGUCUUCAAACAGAUAAUUUCGAUAUGACAAUCUCACCAAGAUCCCCUACGUGCACUGUGUUAAAAUUAGCUAUGGAUCUUUUGGUCAGGAGAUCCCAUCGACGAUAUUCUAUUAGGCAACAAGAACGUGUAAUACAAGGAAAUAGAGGAAUAUAUAGAGAUAGUGGACACGCUCAAAUCCUUACCCAACCUCUCCAUCUACUUAAAUAUCAUUUCUUUUGUAUUCAUUUACGCGAAAUUUUGAAUUCGACUAUUAGAGCCUUAAGAGGUGGUGGUGUGCCAGUUCAAAUUCAUUUUAUAUCCAACCUUUCUAAAGGCAAAGAUUUGAUAGAAGAAGUGUGGAAAAAGAUUGGUAAUGAUAAACUUUCAUUAUUCACGGGAUCAGUUAUUGUAAUCAUUGAUUACAGGCACAGUAUUCGAUUCACAUUGGAAUCGCCCGGAUCAUUGACUCUUCAUUUACCACACGUUGAUAUUAAGACUGGAGAUUUGAUGCAAUUUCAAGAUUUAUUUGUUAGGGAAAUCAAAUUACUUUUAUUAAAAAUUAUUCUUGAAAAAUUGAAUACUUUGACAGGACUUAAAGAUCUUGUAACAAAUGCCGGUAAAUGGUAUUUAGAUUCACCAGCAUUGAUGAUAUACAAAGAUAUACCUCCAGCGAUUCCCCAAUCAGCUUUUAUUAAGAUGAAAACGUCUUAUAAUCUUGAUGAUUUAUUAAAAGAUGAAUUACCAGAUCUUAAUGAAGAAAAUAAAACUGAUAAAUGGAUACCCGAAUAUUGGAGACGUCCAGUUAAAAUUACAAUUGAUAAUGGAUAUCCAUCUCAAGAUAAAUUAACGGUUAGAGUUGAAGCUGCUUUAGUAGAUGCUAAACCAGAAUUAAUUAUAGGUGCCAGCGGUAAAAAUAUCCAUAAAGAAUUUGGUAAAAUGGUCUAUGAAUUUUUAAUUAGUUUGUUGUGA